CCUGGAAAGGGAAGCAGGGGCCGACUUGAACUCAUUGCGCAUGCACUAUCGGUGCUGGCUCGACCAAGAUGGCUCCGGUAGAGCACGUUGUGGCAGACGCCGGGGCUUUCCUGCGGGACGCGGCUCUGCAGGACAUCGGGAAGAAUAUCUAUACCAUCCGGGAGGUGGUCAGCGAGAUUCGGGACAAGGCCACGCGCAGGCGGCUCGCUGUCUUGCCCUAUGAGCUGCGUUUCAAGGAGCCCUUUCCGGAGUACAUACGGCUGGUGACCGAGUUUUCAAAGAAAACUGGAGACUAUCCCAGCCUCUCUGCCACAGAUAUCCAAGUACUGGCGCUCACCUACCAGUUGGAAGCAGAAUUUGUUGGGGUGUCCCACCUAAAACAAGAACCAGAAAAGGUUAAAGUAAGUUCAUCUGUUCAGCAUCCAGAAACUCCUCUGCUCAUUUCUGGUUUCCAUAUGCCUUCAAAGCUUAAACCCCCACCAGAAAAAGUAGAUCACGAACACCCAGCCAGUGAGCCUGAAAACCUGGAAUUCAGUUCCUUCAUGUUCUGGAGAAACCCUUUACCUAAUAUUGAUGGUGAACUCCAGGAGCUGUUGCUUGACAAAGGGGGGAGUGUGCCAGGUGAGGAGGAGGAAGAGGAAGAAGAAAAUGGAUUUGAAGAAAGGAAAGACGAAGACAGUGACGAUGAUGGGGGUGGGUGGAUAACCCCCGGCAACAUCAAGCAGAUCCACCAGGAGUUAGAACAGUGUCGUGUCCCAAAUGACGUGCGAGUUGGCUGCGUGACAACAGACUUUGCCAUGCAGAAUGUUCUGCUACAGAUGGGGCUGCACGUGCUGGCGGUGAAUGGCAUGCUGAUCCGAGAGGCCCGGAGCUACGUCCUGCGCUGCCAUGGCUGUUUCAAGACAACAUCUGACAUGAACCGAGUGUUCUGUUCUCAUUGUGGAAACAAAACCUUGAAGAAAGUGUCUGUGACGGUCAGCGACAAUGGCACCCUGCAUAUGCACUUUUCCCAUAACCCUAAGGUGCUGAACCCUCGGGGCCUCCGGUAUUCACUUCCCACUCCUAAGGGGGGCAAAUAUGCUGUCAACCCGCAUCUAACUGAGGACCAACGCUUCCCUCAGCUGCGACUCUCCCGAAAGGCCAGGCAGAAAACCAACGUGUUUGCCCCUGACUACACAGCCGGGGUAUCUCCCUUUGCAGAGAAUGAUAUUUCCAGCCGAUCAGCUACCUUACAGAUCCGAGAUAGCACCUUGGGGGCUGGGAGGAGACGGUUAAAUCCCAACGCUUCCAGAAAGAAGUUUGUGAAGAAAAGGUGAUUGGAAGCUCCCCCAGGCACACUGGAUUGCUGCUGCUGUGGAGUUCUUGUGUCCCAUUUCCCCAGCUGUAUCAUCUCCAGAACCAUCUGGAUGAGAAGAGUAGGCUCAGCUGUCAGCUUACAGAGUGCCGCUUUGUGACAUGCUGUGGUGUGCUGGGUCUGUGGUGGGAGCGGGCAGCCCUGGCCCGUGAGCAUCCAGAGAGCUGGAAUUCUUGCCGCGUCAGGUGGAAUUUGAUACAAACAGAAGGACAAUGUCCUGAACUUCAAAGAGGGAAUUUCCAAAUGAUAUUUUUCUAAUAAAUGUGGUUGCAAGCUUCUGUA